AUGCCGUACCUCGUUGAGUCAAAUGAAUGGCGCUUGCUCCACGGGCUUGGGCGCCUAUUGGGCCCGAGGAAGGCGCGAUACCAGCUGCAAGCAGGACCACUCAACGAUCACAACGGAGUGCGAUCCCACGCCGAGCUAAUCGAAGUCGAGCUUCGCCGCGUAUUCAUGGUCAAGGAAAUUCCUCGGAAUCUAGAUCCAGCAGAGUUCGAACCGUGCCAGGCAAAGCUGAACAGCCUCUGCUUGUUGUUGGAUGGCCUUGCGCGGUCUUCGAACGCCCACAGUGGCCCAGAGGGUCCGAGCUAUCCCCAUUUACGAGCGUUGACCGGUUUUCUAGAGUCGACUUCUGGAGCGAUUGACCUAGCUUCCUCGCGACGCUGGCAAGCUUUGCGAUUGUCUGCGGGUUGUCACAGAGUGCAACGAUGCCCUCAGUCGGCUACUCGCGCCCUCUACGCAUGA